AAAAAAAUUUGAAAAAACGUUUCGUUUUCCAAAAAAUGUAUAACUUCAUCCAAUAGGAGUGUCUUGGACUGGUGAAAAAACAUUGCGUAUAAAAACCCCCUUUUGGCUUUGACAAAGUUAAUAAGUGAUUUCUAAUUUUAGUAGCAAAGCUGAUAUCAGAGAGAAAAAUGUCGGGCGGAAUAGCGCGUGGUCGUCUUGCUGAGGAGAGGAAAGCAUGGCGUAAAAAUCACCCUCAUGGUUUUGUGGCAAAGCCGGAGACUGGUACUGAUGGGUCUGUUAAUUUGAUGCUUUGGCAAUGUUCUAUCCCUGGUAAACCUUCGACUGACUGGGAGGGCGGUCACUAUCCACUAACAAUGCAAUUCAGUGAAGACUAUCCAAGCAAACCCCCGAAGUGCAAGUUUCCACCAAAUUUCUUUCAUCCAAAUGUAUAUCCUUCAGGAACUGUAUGUUUGUCGAUCCUCAAUGAGGACAGUGGAUGGAGGCCAGCCAUUACAGUUAAGCAAAUUUUGGUGGGUAUCCAAGAUUUGCUCGACCUGCCAAAUCCUGAUGAUCCAGCACAAACCGAUGGUUAUCAGCUCUAUAUGCAGGAUACAGUCGAGUACAAGAGGCGAGUGAAGCAGCAGGCCAAACAAUAUCCAGCUCUACUCUAGUUUUAGCUGCUUGAAGACGAUGUAAUUAAAUAUGACUAUGAGUAACUUUCUCUUGAUUCUUAACAACACCAAUAUUCCUCGUUGACAUAGAGGCUCUAUGGCUAACUAAAUGGCUAACUUUGGGUACUUAUCUUGUCUAUGAUUCAGUGAUACACGUGGUUGGAAUGGGCAACUUGCAUGCUUUAUCUUGUUUCUGAUUA